AUGCAGUACACGACCAUCCUGACCACCGCGCUCAUCGCAACAGCAAACGUCGCCUGCGCCGACUGGCUCGACCAAGAAGACGUCCCAUCCCAAUGCAACGACGUCUGCCGCCCAGUCGUCCAAGCCUCAGACCGCUGCGAGGACCAGUUCGACGACGAUGAUGAUCAGAGGAACUGUAUCUGUACCACAGCCGACUUCAACACCAUCAUCCCGAACUGUGAGCUUUGCAUUAGGAACUCGAGUGAUGAUGAGGAUGAGAUCCGUGACCUGAGACAGGACUGUGGUCUUCCUAACCCAACUGGUAGUGCCACUGGGAGUGCGCAGAGUACGCCGUCUGUGACGACUUCGACUUCGAUGGCGACGGUUACUCAGGAUGGGACUACUACGACGUCGCAGAGUGUGGUGAUUGUGACGCUUACUACUGGCAACGCGCAGACGUCGCCGACUAGUGGUUCGAGCGACAGUGAUGAUGAUAACAACAACAACAACCAGAACGGUGCCGGAUCGACAGUUGCCUCGCUUGCUGCCGCCGGUGCGAUGGCUAUCGGUGCAGUGUUGAUGGCAGCCUUCUAA